CAACCCAAAACAGUAGACGUGUAAAACUGUAUUCGUUAGCGCCUCAUAAUUUUCUCAUUACAUCAAAGAAAAAGCUCAAGAUGAGCUCUCUCAAGCGAGAUGUUAAGGACGAAGAUGAUAACAGCAGUAACCCAUACCAGAAUCUUGAUAAAACUAUAGUACUUCAAGAAACACGAGAGUUUAAUCAAACGCUCGUUAUCCCGAGAAAAUGUUCAUUAAUACUUACGAAAAUACUGUAUUUACUGAAUCAAGGCGAAAAUUUCACCACUCAGGAGGCUACGGACGCUUUCUUUGCGACAACAAAACUGUUUCAGUCCAAAGAAAUCAUGCUGCGACGUAUGGUUUAUCUUUGCAUCAAAGAACUGAGUAAAUUGGCGCAAGAUGUGAUCAUAGUGACUUCCUCUUUGACUAAAGACAUGACCGGUAAAGAGGAUCUGUACCGGGCGGCCGCAAUAAGAGCGUUGUGCAGCAUCACGGACGCCUCUAUGCUACAAGCUAUCGAACGAUAUAUGAAACAGGCGAUUGUGGACAAGAACCCGGCUGUCAGUUCUGCGGCAUUAGUCUCUGCGCUUCAUUUGUCUUCUACCGCACCAGAUCUUGUUCGGCGAUGGGCUAAUGAAGCUCAGGAAACAAUCAAUUCGGACAAUGCGAUGGUGUCGUAUCACGCAUUGGGGGUUCUGGUAUUAUCGCGUCGAAAUGAUAAGUUAUCUACAGUUAAACUGGUGACACGACUUUCAAAGUCCCACAUAAAAUCACCAUACUCCCUCUGCUUGCUUAUACGUUUAGCUGCUCAGCUAUGCGACGGUGAUGAUUCUGAAGCAUCUCAACCUUAUAUAGACUUUAUAGAGUGUUGCUUACGUCAUAAAUCUGAAAUGGUUAUCUAUGAAGCGGCCCAUGCAAUCGUCAACUUGAGAAAGACCGCCCGGGAUCUUGCUCCGGCAGUAUCAGUUUUGCAAUUGUUCUGCAGCUCUUCGAAGGCGGCUCUCAGAUUGGCUGGAGCCAGGACUUUGGCCCGGUUGACGACAAAACACCCUACAGCGGUCGCUGCAUGCGCUAUUGACUUGGAAAACUUAAUCUCAGAUUCUAAUCGGUCCGUGGCGACCUUAGCUGUAACAACGCUAUUAGCGACAGGCGCAGAAAGUUCCGUGGACAGGCUGAUGAAGCAGAUUUCGAGCUUCGUAUCGGAAAUUCCAGAUGAGUUCAAAAUAAUCGUCGUCAGAGCCAUCAGGCAGCUGUGCAGCAAGUUCCCGAGGAAGCAUCAGUCGCUGGCUGCAUUCUUAGCCGGAAUGUUGAGAGACGAAGGUGGCCUGGAAUACAAAGCAGCUAUAGCCGAUGCGAUUAUAGCUUUGGUCGAAGAAAAUCCUGACGCUAAAGAAACAGGACUGUCUCAUUUAUGCGAGUUCAUUGAAGAUUGCGAGCACACGGCAUUGGCAGUUCGUAUACUGCAUCUGUUGGGACGAGAAGGUCCUAAGUCUCGUCACCCGUCAAGAUAUAUAAGAUUCAUUUACAAUAGAGUUAUUUUGGAGUCCGGCCCGGUCAGAGCCGCGGCAGUUUCCGCCGUAGCACAGUUCGGAGCACAAGUACCGGAACUAUUGCCAAAUAUCAAGGUGUUAUUGGCUCGCUGUCAGUUAGACGAAGAAGAUGAAGUCAGAGAUAGAGCAGUAUAUUACAGCACGAUACUAGAGACCGAGAACCCUCAGCUCAUUAAUGAUUUCAUUGUGAAUAUACCGAAACCGAAUGUGGUGUUGCUAGAAAAGGCAUUGAGAGAUCAUUUGUUGCACCCCGAAGAACCGUUUAAUAUUUUGUCCGUUCCGGCCGAGGAGGUGGUCAAGGAAACUAAAAAGCCUAUAGCCGAAAUCGAAGUUCGCAAACCGGUGCAAAUGUCUAUCGAAGAGAUCUACGCUGAGCAAUUGGCUAAAAUACCGGGCAUCGAGAAAUUAGGGCCGUUAUUUAAAACGAAUUUGCCAAUAGAUCUGACCGAAGCGGAGAUCGAGUACCGGGUUCGCGUAGUGAAACACGUGUACGCACGCCACGUUAUAUUCCAAUUCGAAUGCGUGAACACGUUGAACGAUCAAAUCCUAGAGGACGUCCACGUCCGAUUGGAAGUUCCGCCAGAAUACGAAAUCAAAUCUAUCGUUCCUUGUCAGAAGCUGGUCUACAACACACAGGACAACGUUUUCGUGGUCGUCGAAUACCCUUGCGCGUUUAUAGACAGUUUGGGUUCGUUUAUGGCUACGUUGGAGUUCGUCGUGCGCGACUGCGACCCUAACACCGGAACUCCGGACCCUGGCGAGGGUUACGCCGACUCUUAUCCCCUGGAAGAGUUCGAAAUGGGUUGUUCUGACCAGAUCAGGGCUAGGGCUGGGGGAGACGAUUGGGAACAGACUUGGGAGAGAGCUGCGAACGUUCCAGAAGCUAAUGACACGUUCGUGUUGUCGCAGACCGAUGUCGGUGACGCUGCGAAGGCUGUUUGCGAGCAUCUUGGUCUCCCGAACGGUUCGAUAAGCGGUGACGCGGUUAAGGAGAUCCGUGGUGGGGGUAUAUUUAGGGGCGGGGCGCCGGUUUUGGUCAGAGCUCGUUUGGCGGGUAGCAUUGCUGGCGUCACGAUGAAGUUAUCCGCCCGAUCACCCCGGGAAGACGUAGCUCAACUACUCUUGGCGGCUGUCGGAUAAAUCUAGUCAUUUAUACACU